UUGUUUUCAAGGAUUUUGUUUCUUUUUUUUUACAGAUGGCAAACCAAUGCUGCGUCUUGGAGACACUGGAGAUUGGGUGGGUACAUUCGAAGGCCACAAAGGUGCUGUGUGGGGUGUUGCUCUCAACAACAAAGCCACAUUGGCCGCUUCUGGGGCCGCGGAUUUUACCGGAAAAAUUUGGAAUGCGGUGACAGGCGAGGAAGUGCAUAGUUUACAACACAAUCACAUUGUUAAAACGGUAGCAUUCGACAGCAAUAGCCAAUGUCUGGUAACUGGAAGCAAUGAAAAACUAGUCAGAGUAUUUGAUCUAAACGCAUCAGGUACACCCGUGGAGUCUUACUCUGGUCAUGCUGGUAACAUCAAGCGAGCUAUAUUUGCUCGCAAUGACAGAUAUGUCAUUAGCUGUGCUGACGACAAGACCAUGCGUCUGUGGGACCGUAUGAGUGGUCAGGAAACAAUGCGCGUUGAGUUCAACGCUCAUCCUAACAGUCUAGAGUUGUCGCGGGAUGGAAACAUAUUGACUGUCACAUAUGGUUCAAAUGUUGCCUUCUUUGAAACGGAAACCCUGAAGAAAAUGAAGGAAAUCAUUGUGCCAACUAAAGUCAGCUCAGCCAGCUUGCAUCCGGACAAACAAAUUUUUGUAUGCGGUGGAGAAGAUUUCAAAAUGUACAAAUUUGACUACAUAACUGGAAACGAAAUCGAAUCCUUUAAAGGUCAUUUUGGACCUGUACAUGCCGUAAGCUUCAGUCCAGAUGGAGAACUCUAUGCUAGUGGAUCGGAAGAUGGGACACUGCGAUUGUGGCAGACCACAGUAGGAAAGACCUAUGGUCUUUGGAAGUGUACUGAGCCGACCGAUCUCAACAAUUCAGUCAAUGCAUCAACUACACGUGAGGUGACUGCCAACUAAACUCUAAACAUGAAUUCAACGUCGUUUGAAAUUAGAAAAAAAGAAGUUGCUCUUAUUUCUAUGUCCAUUCCUGAUGUUCGGGAACGCAGGAAUUUAUAAUUUAUCCCGCCAACCUACCUAUAAAAUAUAAUUACUACGAUGAAAUUGAAAAAUGUCUUUUUUUCAUACAGCUUAUAGUAACUUAUUAUUUCAACGAUUAAAUUGUCUAAUUCUUUCAAA